AUGAGAUCUUCCGCAUUAGCGGCCAUUCUGCGCAGCAGCACCCAGCGCCCUGCAGUCUCCACCCGAAGCUUCACCACCUCGCGUCCGCAAUCCUCGGACACCACCUCGGCGCUGGACGAACUCUCAUCCUCAAUCGAAAAGCUUGCCCGAUCACGCGCGUCUGCAUCCUCUUCGUCGUCGUCCUCCUCCGCCUCCUCUCCAAGCGCAAAUGGGGCAGUGCACAACCCGCGCUCUUCCACACCGACACGCGAGCGCCAGACGGUCUCCGGACGCGCAUUCAUGAACGGCCACUACUACAACCCGACCACUCUGUCAUACGACUCGAUCACGCAGCGUCCCAACCGGCUCGCGCGCCCGCUCUUGGGCCCCACCAAGGCCGAAGCCGUCAAGCAGGACCUCAUUCACAUCAACGGGUUGAAACCGGGAAAGCCCAGUCUGCACGACGAUAGCUAUAAGAACGCUGCUAUCUUGGCAAACUACGUGACGGAGAUGGGCAAAAUCAUGCCCAGAGCGAGUACAGGGCUGACAAGAAAGAGCCAGAGGGCAAUUGGAAAGGCAGUUAGGAGGGCGAGGAGUAUGGGGCUGUUGCCGGUCAUGAGUAGGGGUGGGACGCGUGUUAGUGGUGCUGGCUGGAAGUAG